CUCCCCCUUUUCCGAUAGCCCCAAAUCCCCAAAUUUUCUCCAACCUCAAUCCCCUAUGGCCGUUGUUCGGCAGAGAAGGGUUAACCUGACACUCGAGCUCCCCCUCCCAGACUCCGCCUCCGCCACCGGCGACUGCCGCCUCCGCUUGCCCCUCCCCGCUCCCCCAGCUGUCGCCGCCUCCGCCUCCGCCUCCACCUCCGAGCACCGCCUCUCCGACUUCGAGAAGCUCCAGGUGCUUGGCCACGGCAACGGCGGCACGGUCUACAAGGUCCGUCACCGCCGAACGGCGGCGGUGUACGCUCUGAAGCUCCUCCACACCGACACCGACGCCUCCCUCCGCCGCCAGGUCUCCCGCGAGGUCGAGAUCCUCCGGCACACCGACUCCCCCUUCGUCGUCCGCUUCCACGGUGUCAUCCUCCCCCCAUCCGGUGAUGUGGCGGUCCUCCUCGAGCAGAUGGACGCCGGCUCCCUCGACUCCCUCCUCCGCCGCCGUGGGAACCGCCCCUUCCCGGAGCCCGCCCUAGCCGAGAUCGCCCGCCAGGCGCUCCACGGCCUCGCCUACCUCCACUCCCACCAGAUCGUCCACCGCGACCUCAAGCCCUCCAACCUCCUCGUCAACCGCUCCGGCGAGGUCAAGAUUGCCGACUUCGGGGUGGGCAAGAUCCUCCGGCGGUCGCUGGACCCGUGCCUCUCCUACGUGGGGACGUGCGCGUAUAUGAGCCCGGAGCGGUUCGAUCCGGAGUCGUACGGUGGGGACUACGACCCCUACGCGGCCGACGUGUGGAGCCUGGGAUUGGCGGUACUGGAGCUGUAUCUGGGGCACUUCCCGCUGCUGCCGGCGGGUCAGCGCCCGGACUGGGCGGCGCUGAUGUGUGCGAUCUGCUUCGGGGAGCCACCAGCGCCGCCGCCGGAGGGGGAAGCGUCGGAGGAUUUCCGGGGCUUCAUCGGGUGCUGCCUCCAGAAGGAGUCCGGGAAGCGGUGGUCGGUGGCGGAGCUUCUCGGCCACCCCUUCGUCGCUGGGCGGGACCGGUCCGAGUCGGCCCGGGCGCUUAGGGACCUGAUCGCCGAAACGGCCGAGUCGUGAUUCGCGUCGCCGGAGGCGGAAUUUUUGGCUUGUCUGUAUCUAGUGUACAUAGUUGGCUCCACCUGGAGGGUUGGCUUCCAAGAGGCGAACCUUUUUUAUUUGUUUAUUUUUAAUUAAUUAAUUUUAUGUGUAGCUGGUUGCUUGGUGGGAAGAGGUUUCUCUUUUGCUGAAACCACUGGGCGGUUUUGAUCAAUGAAAAUUUUGUUCAUUUUAUAAAUGUUCGUUCAGUGAUUCAAU